GUGGCUUAGCUUCGUGAGUGUCGGCUCAGAGUGUCACCGUCGAACAGGUCAUCAUCUAAACAAGAUGCCGUUUCCACUGCCAGAUGAGGCGACCGUUGCAGAGCGUUACCCUCCAUCAUUGAAGCUUAAGCUCGUAGAAGUUGUUCACAGGCAUGGCCAACGUAGCCCUGCACAUCCAUUCUUUGCAAACAUACAGGCACCUGGGCUGUGGAACCGCUGCCACUUGACUCCCUUUCUGCAUGCGUUGUACGUAGUUGGCGGGGAUUUACAAGAGAGUCAACAUACUGUUACUCCUCCCCUGGAGCGCCCACCCCACUUCAAUCGUGUUCUUCUCAACCCGGCAGACCAUGACAUUGAAAAAAUGCAAGCGGUUUCCCAGUUAAAGACUGCUGUGCGCACUGGAGACUGUUUUCAGGGACAGCUCACAGAUAAAGGAAAAGAGACCAUGAGGGAGGCUGGGAUCAACCUGCGGAAGCUCUAUGUUGAAAAGUUGGGUCUCCUAGAAGGGACGAUGGGCCAGGACUAUCAUAAACGUGUCUAUCUUCGAAGCACGGAUUAUGCGCGUACCAUCGAAUCACUCCAGUACUUGUUGGAUGGCCUGCACCCUCCCCCUGCACGAGUGGAUGAAGCAGAUGCAAAUCUCACAAUACACGUCAGAUCUAUGAAAAACGAAACCAUGUACCCACAUCCAAACUGCAGUUAUCUCAAUGCUGUAUCAAAACAGUUCCGUGUUUCCGUGCAAGCCAGUUUGAAAAAGGAGACCGAGAUGCUCUUGAGAAGAUUGUCGCAUCUCGGCACGGAUAUCGACAAACCUCACCUCUUACAAAUACAUGCGCUGUAUGAUAUCUUUGCCUGCAUGCAAGGACACGGUCUGCCUUUGCCCAAGGGGGUUGCGCAGAGAGAUAUGGACGAGUUGGAGAGCAUUACGAUGAGACAAUGGUUUGGAGCAGGUGAGAAUUCAGAGCAUGUGGCCAGUUUGGCUAUCGGUCGUCUGCUCUCCGAUUUGAAAACAAGGAUAGAAAAGACAGUUCGUAAUCGCGAUCCUGUCAAGUUGGCCAUAUAUUCCGCACAUGAUACAACCAUCGGUCCUCUGCUCACAGCAUUCAAGGUCAGCGACGGACGCUACCCACCGUUCGCGGCCAUGGUAAAUUUUGAACUCUUUGAAGAAGCAUCCCACAAACGAUCAGUCUGGUCGCGUCUGGUCGGUAUCAAUCCACCACCACAUUAUGUCCGAAUGCUCUACAAUGGUCAACCACUCCGCAUCCCUGCAUGUGCUCCAGUCGGCAAACACCGGGAGGGAGAUGACAGUCUGUGCACUCUAGAUGCGUUUAUGGAGCACGUUGAUCGCAUGAUCCCCAAGGAUUAUGAAAAGUCAUGUAAGACCGAGAAAUUUGUAAAGGAAGAGUACCUGACGCCCUUGAGGGUAUCUAGUGAGUAGUUUAAUAGGCGCUAAAUAGCCAAAGGAAUGUCGCAUGGUAGAUACUGGUUGUGAACAGGUACAGAGAACGAUGAAUGUAACGCAUAAUAAAGCUUGGCCGAUAAACAGGGCGUUCCCGGCGCAGCCAUUGGCGGAAAUCUAGAGCCGGGAAGAGA